AUUCAAAUAUUCAUUAUUUCAUUUUCAUUCUAAGUUUCAUUUGCACAAAAUAUUAUUUUCUAGUUCCAAUUAUUUGAGGAUUUGUGAUAAUAUAUUCAUAUCAUAUAUAUAUAGUAAAGAUGGUGUGUUUACCGAUGAAGCGAUCACGAGAAGACGAAUUCGACAUGACCUUAUCUAGCACGGCGAAUUACUUGAUGCUUCUUUCAAGGGGCACGGCAAGCCCUGAAUCUUAUGCGGUUGAUUCAGUUAGCCGAGUUUUCGAGUGCAAGACAUGUAACCGUCAGUUCACGUCUUUCCAAGCACUUGGAGGUCAUAGGGCUAGUCAUAAAAAGACAAGGCUUGUGACUGGUGACGUGGAAGGUCAUCAUGACGAAAUGUUACAAUCUAAGCCCAAGUUACACAAGUGCUCGAUUUGUGGGCUCGAGUUUGCCAUAGGACAAGCGUUGGGUGGGCAUAUGAGGCGGCAUAGGGCGGUUAUGGCGGCUGAGGACCACUCUCCACUUGUGAUUGAUUUGUCGUCUCCUGUGGUGAAGAAAGUGAAUAGUAGACGGAUUUUCAGUUUGGAUUUGAACUUGACACCGUUAGAGAAUGAUUUCGGGUUUAGAGUUGAUGAUGAGAAGGUUACUCCAAUCACGCUUGACUUUUUCUUAUGAUUGGAGUUUGAUGCAUUUUUGUUGAGAUAUUAUUUUAUUUGUUCAUUUGGGAUUAUAGAGUGUAACUUCUAUUUGUUGAUGAUUAGAGUUUAUGAUUGUAACUAUUAGUAUAAAUUUUUUAUACAAGAGGUAUGUCACUUCUAUUUGUUA